UUAAGGAAUGUACUUAGUGAUCACGCGACGAAUCACGUGUGCUCGUACAUCCUUUAAAGUGUAGCUCAUCAGAGAUUAGGAGUAUCACUAGAAUACAGGCAUGAACGGAUUAUAUAAUGAGGUAGCUCCAGCGAGUCUAGGAGGGGCAAAGCGUAAGAAAGAAAAAGGGGUUCAGUCUUCCGGAGGUCCAGCUGCCCAAUCUAGUAAAUCGAAGCACAAUAAGAGAUCUUCCAAAAAUAAGAAUCAAUCUAAACCUCCAACGGGUUCUCAACAACAGGCAAGUCAAAACACAAAUGCUCCUGGAGAAUGGCCCCCAAGUUUGCACCAGUUUGUGGUUGAAUGCUUCACAAGGUCAAACCAACGGCUCACCGAAGAUCAAAAACCUCUUUUCAACAGACAACUACAAUUAUUGAUAGAGAAAGCUGUGAGUUUGAACUACGUCUUUGAAAAUAAUUGGCUGAUACAAAAGUUACCCAUAUUAGAUGGCACAAAGGAACUUGAGUUAGAAUGUGAAAGGAGGAAGGCUCUAGAAGCUGCUGGUCUAACCACCAGCAGACCUACGAACGCCCUUGCCAAUGAAAAGAAGCAAGAUACGCCCACACUUAACUAUACAAACUUGAAGCGCUCUGGUGACUUUGACUCAGCGUCUAGAAAGAAACAAAGAAGCCAAAGAUUUGAGUCUGCCAUUCCUAUCACCACGGAUACAACGCCAUACUCGAGCAAUUCUACAUCCCCGGUGUUCAUUGGAACUUGUCAGAACCUUGAGAAAAACUACUUGAGAUUGACCUCUGAGCCCAUACCAGCGCUAGUAAGACCUCAAGAAGUUUUAAUUAAAAGUGUCAGCUUCAUCUUAAAAAAGUACAGAGAAUCAAACUCCUAUACUUACGUCAUAAAUCAAUUUAAGUCAAUCAGACAGGACUUAACAGUACAGCAUAUUAAAAAUGACUUCACAAUCUACGUUUACGAAUUAAAUGCCAAGGUCUCCUUGGAGAAUAAUGACUUGGGGGAAUUCAAUCAAUGCCAAUCACAACUUAAAUAUCUAUACUACUUGAAAAGAAAGAAUGAGCCAUCACUACAAUUGAAAUUUUUCCGAUGCGAGCUUGAGUUCUUGGUAUAUCGUACCAUUUACAUGAUUAUUACUAACAACCAUAGCGAGAUUUACAAGAUCAAACUAAAGGUAGAACAGUCCUAUAAAUCGUUCCUGAAAGAUCCUUCUGAAAAAGAUUGGUUUCAGUUUCUUCUCAAUUUAUUCAAGCUAAAUCAAGAUCUCUUAUUGGAGAAUUACUAUAGCUUCUUCAAAUUAUUCGAACAGUUCAGCAAAUUACUGGAGCAUAAACUAGGUUACCAAUUGAUUAAGAACUUUAUUGUAACAAAGACGAGGGUGAAGGCAUUGUGGUCUACUAGUAAAGCGUACAGAAAGAUAAGUAAUCUGGUAAUAAUCGAAAGACUUGCAUUUGAAAACGACCUUGAAUUCAAAGAAUUUUUGGACAAAUACAAGUUGGGUGAUUUUAAGGGUGAAAUCGAUUUCGACUGUUUGGGUGCAAGGGGGGUAUUGACGGGUAUAAUUAAUACAGCUGGGUUCAAAAAAGUUGACAUUAAAGGGCAAAUAUGAUUCUAAGCACUGUUUGGUCCGAGAUGGGGACCACGAUACGUUAAUAACUACAACAAGGAGAGCUUUGUCCCACCGAUAGUACAGGGUGAUGUGUUUUUUCCUGCUCUGUUCAUUCGUAUCAUUUGAUCUACUAACAUAUAGACAUCUAAUCCCAUUUUCAUGAGGCAUAAUCAUACUUAGCUCCAAAUCCUCAAAUUUUGUAGCAAUUAGUGCGACUAAUCUGCGGAUGGUCCAAUGGCCAUGAUAGCA